GUCUCCGCAUCUCUUGAAACCCAAUCUAUAGCUUUUCUUUUCUUUUUGUUAUGGAGUUGUUCUUGGCAAUGCUUCCUCUGUUAUUGUACUAUAUUAUCUUCAACCUUUAUAAGUUAGGAUACCAAAAGAAAGACCAAUGUUGCUAUAUGCUAAGCUAUGAGUGCCAUAAAGCCGCUGAAGACCAGAAGCUUGAUCCUAGAACCAGUGCUAGAAUUAUUUCACGAAACAAGAAUCUCGGAAUAGAAGAAUACAAGUUUCUUUUAAAGACUACGGUUAGUUCUGGCAUUGGUGAAGAAACUUAUAUCCCAAAAAAUAUCAUUGAAGGAAGAGAGGAAUCUGCAACUCUUAUGGAUGAAAUUUCGGAGAUGGAUGGUAUCCUUUUCGAUACUGUUGACAAGCUCUUUGCUAAGACAGGAGUUUCUCCAUCAGAAAUCAACAUUAUUGUCUCUUCAGUCUCUUUGUUCUCACCAGCUCCCUCUCUAACAGCUCGAGUAAUAAACCGUUACAAGAUGAGGGAGGACAUCAAGGCAUUCAAUCUCUCUGGAAUGGGUUGUAGUGCAAGUGUAGUAGCCAUUGAUUUAGUCAAGCAACUGUUCAAGACAUACAAGAAUUCAUUUGCAAUCGUUAUGAGCACAGAAUCCAUGAGUUCACAUUGGUAUCCUGGAAAAGACAAGUCCAUGAUGCUCUCCAACAUUCUAUUUCGUACCGGGGGCGGCUCCAUUCUCUUAACAAAUAACAGAGAUUGGAAGAAUAAAGCCCUCAUGGAAUUGACUUGUUCUGUACGCACACAUAUCGGCUCAAAUGAUGAAGCAUAUAACAGCUGCUUCCAAGCAGAAGAUGACCUUGGAAUCAAUGGCUUUCGGCUCAACAAAGAUCUACCUAAAGCUGGUGCUAAAGCUUUAACCAUGAAUCUCCGAGUUCUUCUUCCUAAAAUUAUACCACUGUCAGAGGUGCUCCGCUAUCGAAUAAGCUAUUAUCGAAAUAAAAUAAUGAAGCGGCCAACUCCUAAGGAUGCAGGACCUGGUUUGGAUCUCAAGUCUGGAAUCGAUCACUUUUGUGUGCACCCUGGUGGGCGGGCAAUCAUUGAUGAGGCUGGUCAGAGUUUAGCACUCAAUGAUUAUGAUCUUGAACCAGCUAGAAUGGCCCUUUAUCGGUUUGGAAAUACAUCAUCCGGCGGCCUGUGGUAUGUUUUAGGUUACAUGGAGGCCAAGAAAAGGCUCAAGAAGGGUGAUAAAAUACUAAUGAUCAGCCUUGGGGCAGGUUUUAAGUGCAACAAUUGUGUGUGGAAAGUUAUGAAGGACUUGGAGGACACAAAUGUCUGGAAAAACUGCAUAGAUCAAUACCCUCCAAAAACCUUAGCCAACUCUUUCUCUAAGAUCUUAGCUUCGAUCAGUGAUGAAAGCAUGAAUUUCACCAGCCUUGAAGAUUACCUACCAUAACAUAAUAAAUCCAGCAGUUAGCAUAAUUAUAUGGUCAGUGAAGUUUGAUUGGAUCAUUGAAUAAAGCAUGAAUUUCACCAGGCGUGAAGAUUUCAUACCAUACGAUAAGACAUCCAGUUAUUUGCAUAAUUAUAUAUAUGGUCUCCUGCUGGGGCCUUAAAUUAAUCUGUCUUUAGAUCGACCUUCCUUUCAGCAUCUCCCUGUGUGUUCCGUACAGUGUGGAAGUAGCUUAAGGUGUAACAGUGAUGUGGCCCCUAUCUUGUUUUAAAAAAUAUGAUGUUCAUGUAAUAAGUUACAAUAAGCUAUGUAAAACAAUAUUGAUGGAUUGAAUAAACUUAUAUCAUAUCCUUUGUA